GCUAAUUAGAUUCUUCAACAACGAAAAACCAAGUCAAAAAUGGCAAUUCCAGGCUAUCUUCUCCAUCUUUUUCUUUGGGCUUUUCUUGGCUUAGUCACUAGUAGUAAAGCUGUUACGCCUACCAAGGUGACUGAUCCUUCCUUCAGUCGUAAAACUUUUCCGGCUGGUUUCGUCUUCGGAACUGCAUCAUCCUCGUACCAGUAUGAAGGUGCAGCUAAAGAAGGAGGCAGAGGUCCAAGCAUAUGGGAUACUUACACUCACAAGUAUCCAGGUAAGAUAGCAGAUGGCAGCAAUGGAGAUGUAGCAAUCGAUUCCUAUCAUCGCUAUAAGGAAGAUGUUGGGAUUAUGAAAGAAAUGGGUUUAGAUGCUUAUAGAUUCUCAAUCUCAUGGUCCAGAGUUUUGCCAAAUGGAAAGCUAAAUGGAGGUGUGAACAAGGAAGGAGUUCGUUACUAUAACAAUCUCAUCAACGAGCUCUUAGCCAAUGGUAUACAACCUUUUGUGACUCUCUUCCAUUGGGACCUUCCUCAAGCCUUAGAAGAUGAGUAUGGUGGUUUCUUAAGUCCUCGUAUUGUGGAUGACUUCCGAGAUUAUGCGAAUGUUUGCUUCAAGGAAUUUGGCGACAGAGUAAAGCAUUGGAUUACAUUGAAUGAGCCCUGGAGCUACAGCAGUGGUGGAUAUGCAUCUGGGUUUCUAGCACCGGGCCGUUGUUCUGCUUGGCAGAAGCUAAAUUGCACUGGUGGUGAUUCGGGGACAGAGCCAUAUUUGGUGGGUCAUUAUCUGCUUCUCGCUCAUGCAGCUGCUGUAAAACUCUACAGACAAAAUUAUCAGGCAACUCAGAAGGGUAUUAUCGGAAUCACGUUGGUGUCACACUGGUUUGUUCCAUUUUCUAAUGCAAGGCACCACAAAAAUGCUGCUUUAAGAGCUCUUGACUUUAUGUUUGGAUGGUUUAUGGAUCCAAUAACCAUUGGCAGCUAUCCACACAGCAUGCAAUCUCUUGUUGGAGGUCGUCUGCCUAAAUUUAACAAAGAGCAAUCUGAGAUGCUUAAAGGGUCGUUCGAUUUUCUUGGAUUGAACUACUACACUGCAAAUUAUGCAGCUUAUGCUCCUACGCUUAGUGCUGGGAAGCCAAGCUACUUGACAGAUGCCCGUGCUAAUCUUUCCACUGAGCGUCAUGGGAUUCCAAUUGGCCAGAUGGCAGGUUCAAAUUGGCUCUAUGUAUAUCCAAGAGGAAUUCGAGAUCUUUUGCUUUAUGUAAAGGAAAAGUACAACAAUCCUUUAAUCUAUAUUACUGAGAAUGGCGUUGACGAGGUUAACAAUGCCACAUUGCCACUGAAGGAAGCCCUUAUCGACAACAUGAGGAUUGAUUACCACCGUGCACAUCUUUCCUUCAUUCAACUUGCGAUUAAGGAUGCUGUGGACGUCAAAGGGUACUUUGCAUGGUCGUUGUUGGAUAACUUUGAAUGGAUGAAUGGUUAUACCGUGAGGUUUGGCAUCAACUUUGUCGAUUACAAAAAUGGGUUGAAAAGAUACCCGAAACUCUCAGCCCAUUGGUUCAAGGAUUUUCUCAAGCAUUAGAGCCAUGAUGCUCGAUAUUGGAAUCUUGUAAUAACGACAACUUUUAUUAUUAAUAAAAUAUUAUUUACUA